AUGACACAGCAGGAGGCGCAGGCUACACCCGGUGUUAUCACUGGUAUGAUCCCUAUUUUCGGUUACUUUGCUCGUGUUUUGAUAGAUACCAGGGCCACCCAUUCUUUUAUCGCCCAUAGUUUCUCACCUUAUGCCAGUGUUAGAUCGACACCCAUGGCAGAGAAUUUGAGUAUCUCACUGCCUACGGGCGAUGUUCUGUUUGCGGACAUGGUUUUUAAGGAUUGUUACGUCCAAGUGGGUGAUGCAAUGUUGGAAGCUGAUUUGAUUCCCUUGGAAUUAGUUGACCUUGACAUUAUCUUGGGAAUGGAUUGGCUGGAAAAGCAUCGUGCAUCAGUGGAUUGUUUCUGGAAAGAGGUUGUGUUCAGAAGUCCUGGACAACCUGAAGCAAUAUUCCAUGGAGAGC